CUAUCUCUCAAUCUCAAAUUCUCAAAAAACACCAUUGUUUUUUCCUUGGAUUGGAUCAGAGAGAGAGAGAUACGAAUCUGAAUCUAAAUCUGAAUCAGAAUCACGAGAUUUUCUUCAUUGUGUGUUUUCCCGACUGUGAUUCGAUGUUUCACGUGGAAGAAGAAAGCAGUGGAGGCGAUGGGUCUGAGAUUGAUGAGGAGAUGGCCGGAGACGAUUCCACGACGUCAUUGUCACGAUGGGUGUUUGAUGAGAAGGAUGACUAUGAGGUUAACGAAGAUUACGACGAUGAUGGAUACGACGAGUAUAAUCACGCUGAUUUGGAUUCUGAUGAUGAGGAUGACAAUGUUGAGCAGCGUUUGAUUCGAACUAGCCCUGCCGUUGACUCUUUCGACGUUGACGCUCUUGAGAUUCCUGGAACUCAGAAAAACGAUAUCGAGGAGUCUGGCAUAGGGAAGAAACUCAUACUUGCUUUGCAGACUCUAGGGGUUGUAUUUGGUGAUAUUGGUACGAGUCCGUUGUAUACCUUCAGUGUCAUGUUCAGAAGAUCUCCAAUUAACGACAAAGAAGAUGUAAUUGGAGCCUUGUCAUUGGUUAUAUACACUUUGAUAUUGAUCCCUCUUGUAAAGUAUGUAUAUUUUGUUCUUUGGGCUAAUGAUGAUGGUGAAGGUGGUACUUUUGCUCUGUAUUCGUUGAUCUGCAGGAACGCAAAUGUUAGCCUUAUCCCAAAUCAACUUCCAUCAGAUGCUCGCAUAUCAGGCUUUGGUUUGAAGGUUCCAUCUUCAGAACUUGAAAGAUCCUUGAUUAUUAAAGAAAGACUUGAGGCGUCAAUGGCCUUGAAAAAGCUUCUUCUUAUUUUAGUUCUUGCCGGCACUGCUAUGGUGAUUGCUGAUGCCGUUGUUACGCCUGCAAUGUCAGUAAUGUCUGCUAUCGGUGGUCUGAAGGUCGGAGUUGGUGUUAUUGAACAAGAUCAGGUGGUCGUGAUAUCAGUCAGCUUUCUUGUGAUCUUGUUCAGUGUACAAAAAUAUGGAACCAGCAAACUGGGGCUUUUUUUGGGUCCUGCUAUACUCCUGUGGUUUUUUUGUCUUGCUGGCAUUGGAAUUUACAACCUCAUUAAAUAUGACAGCAGCGUUUUUAAAGCGUUCAAUCCUGCAUAUAUCUAUUUCUUUUUCAAAAGAAACUCUAUAAAUGCAUGGUAUGCACUUGGGGGUUGCGUUCUAUGUGCAACCGGAUCGGAGGCCAUGUUUGCAGAUCUUAGUUAUUUUUCCGUUCACUCCAUCCAGCUUACUUUUAUCCUUCUGGUGCUACCUUGCCUAUUGCUGGGUUAUUUGGGUCAAGCCGCAUACCUUUCUGAAAACUUCAGUGAUGCUGGGGAUGCUUUCUUUUCGUCAGUUCCAAGUUCUUUAUUCUGGCCAGUCUUUGUCAUUUCUAAUAUUGCUGCUUUAAUUGCCAGUCGCGCAAUGACAACAGCCACAUUUACAUGCAUCAAACAAUCAAUAGCACUAGGCUGUUUCCCACGUCUUAAAAUAAUUCACACCUCAAAGAAAUUCAUUGGACAGAUUUAUAUACCGGUUCUUAACUGGUCCCUUCUGGUGGUGUGUCUGAUCGUUGUCUGCUCUACCUCAAACAUCUUCGCGAUUGGAAACGCAUAUGGCAUCGCAGAACUGGGAAUUAUGAUGACCACGACAAUUCUGGUGACCCUUAUCAUGCUUCUUAUCUGGCAGACGAACAUCAUAGUUGUGAGCUUGUUUGCGUUUGUUUUCCUGGCAGUCGAACUGAUUUUCUUCUCAUCAGUUUGUUCAAGUGUGGGUGAUGGAAGUUGGAUAAUCCUGGUUUUUGCUACAAUCAUGUUUCUCAUAAUGUUCGUUUGGAACUACGGAAGUAAACUGAAGUAUGAAACUGAAGUUCAGAAAAAGUUACCAAUGGAUCUACUACGAGAACUGGGCAGUAACCUUGGGACGAUUAGAGCACCCGGUAUUGGUCUGCUUUAUAAUGAGCUAGCAAAAGGAGUUCCAGCAAUUUUUGGUCAUUUUCUAACCACCCUUCCUGCGAUCCAUUCCAUGGUUAUCUUUGUGUGUAUAAAGUAUGUCCCUGUUCCAAGCGUGCCUCAGUCCGAGAGGUUUCUUUUCAGACGUGUCUGCCCAAGAAGCUAUCAUUUAUUCCGCUGUGUUGCCAGGUAUGGAUACAAAGAUGUGCGGAAGGAAAAUCACCAGGCGUUUGAGCAAAUACUGAUUGAAAGUCUAGAAAAGUUUAUACGUAAGGAAGCGCAGGAGCGUGCACUUGAGAGUGACGGAGACCAUAAUGAUACAGAUUCCGAGGAUGAUGUGACUCUGUCCAGAGUUUUGAUAGCACCCAAUGGAAGUGUGUAUUCACUUGGGGUGCCUCUCUUAGCUGAGCACACGGAUUUUUCAAACAAGAAACCCGUGGAAAGAAGAAAGGCCAGCAUUGAUUUUGGGGCAGGUCCUUCAACGGCGUUGGAUGUGGAGCAGAGUCUAGAAAAAGAAUUGUCGUUUAUUCACAAAGCAAAAGAGUCAGGGGUGGUGUAUCUGCUGGGACAUGGGGACAUAAGGGCUACUAAGGAUUCUUGGUUUCUGAAGAAGCUGGUAAUAAAUUACAUGUAUGCUUUCCUGAGGAAGAACUGCAGGAGAGGGAUAACAAACCUAAGCGUUCCGCAUUCGCAUUUGAUGCAAGUUGGAAUGACUUAUAUGGUAUGAACUGGACCGAUCAAACUACUGGUUUUCAUCUACGCGCAAGUUCUCCUGAAUUUUCAAAGAACACGUAACACAAGCCAAUUCAGGGGAGGUAUUUUUUUCUACACAUUGUUUCAUAAGUGCGAUUGGUUCUAAAGUAUAGGAGAAAUGAUUUUUUUUUGUAUCGAGAGUUGAUAUUUGAUUCUGUGGUUGUUAUAUAUUGAUUGAUUUGUAUGGGCUCGUUCCAGACUGAGUAUAUUGUAUUGGAAUAUAAAAAGGACUUGCUCUGGCAAUGAGUUUUGCUAUGUGACAUGAA